CGGCGAGGGUGCGCGCGCGUUCAGCGGCCUCUUUGUGUGGUGCCCAGAUAGGGGAGCGGAGGUGGCGGUAGUGGCGGCCUCGCUUUCCUUUGAGUCUCCUCGGCUCGUCCUCUAGCCGGCACCUUUCCCCUUCCCUUCCCCUUCCUCUCUUCCUCUUUCCCUUCCCUUCCCUUCUUCCCUUCCCCGUCGGUGACCGGCGGGGGCGGCUCCAGCGACGGCUGGGCCCAAGCUGUGAAGAAGCCUUAGCCAACGAUAACGGCGACGGCGAAACCUCGGAGCUCGCAGGGCGGGGGGAAGGCCCGGGCCGUGGAGAUGGAGAAUUCCCAGCUGUGUAAGCUGUUCAUCGGCGGCCUCAACGUGCAGACGAGUGAGUCGGGCCUGCGCGGCCACUUUGAGGCCUUUGGGACCCUGACGGACUGCGUGGUGGUGGUGAACCCCCAGACCAAGCGCUCCCGUUGCUUUGGCUUCGUGACCUACUCCAAUGUGGAGGAGGCCGAUGCCGCCAUGGCCGCCUCGCCCCAUGCCGUGGACGGCAACACGGUGGAGCUGAAGCGGGCGGUGUCCCGGGAGGAUUCGGCCCGGCCCGGUGCCCACGCCAAGGUGAAGAAGCUCUUUGUCGGGGGCCUUAAGGGAGACGUGGCCGAGGGCGACCUGAUAGAGCACUUCUCGCAGUUUGGCACCGUGGAAAAGGCCGAGAUUAUUGCCGACAAGCAGUCCGGCAAGAAGCGUGGUUUCGGCUUCGUGUAUUUUCAGAAUCACGACGCGGCAGACAAGGCCGCGGUGGUCAAGUUCCAUCCGAUCCAGGGCCAUCGCGUGGAGGUGAAGAAGGCUGUCCCCAAGGAGGAUAUCCACUCCGGUGGGGGCGGAGGCGGCUCCCGCUCCUCCCGGGGCGGCCGGGGCGGCCGGGGUCGGGGCGGUGGUCGUGACCAGAACGGCCUGUCUAAGGGCGGCGGCGGCUACAACAGCUAUGGUGGUUACGGCGGCGGCGGCGGCUACAACGCCUACGGAGGCGGCGGAGGCGGUUCGUCCUACGGUGGAAGCGACUACGGUAACGGCUUCGGCGGCUUCGGUAGCUACAGCCAGCACCAGUCAUCCUAUGGGCCCAUGAAGAGCGGUGGCGGCGGCGGUGGAGGAGGCAGCAGCUGGGGAGGUCGCAGUAACAGUGGACCUUACAGAGGUGGCUAUGGCGGUGGGGGUGGGUAUGGAGGCAGCUCCUUCUAAAAUUUUUUUAAUGCCUGGGAGUGGCUAUAGGGGUAGCUGUUUUCAACCACCCAACUAGGGUCGAUUCCUAAGUCCUUUCCCCUCCCACCGCCUUCCCCAUUUUGCCCUUGGGGAAGCCACUUCUAAGGCUGCUCACCCUUGGGGGUGUUGCCCUGUUUGCCUGCCACCUCCCUUGUCUCCCUCUGAAGAUGGACUUGGCCCCACACACACAUUUUUGUGUUACAGUCAUUGAUGGACUCUAUUUUUUUAUUAUUACUUGGACCUUGGUCGUUUUUAUACUAGCAAGAUGUCUUGUUUUAAUUUGUGUUUUUUUUGGGGGGAGGGAGUGAACUUGCUGAUUCUGUAGCAAAACCUGGGCGGGGGUUGGGCGGGUUAGUUUACUUUGUUGUAAGGACUUGAUAUCUGGCUACAGCGUUUUCUAUGAAAUCUCUUUGGAUCCCAUGCCCGAAAUUUGGAAGCAUAUGUACAAAAAUCAUUUUUACGUUUUAUUUUUAAUAAAUCAUUGUGUUUGACCGUACAUGUCUAACAUUUUUUUCUAGGAUCCAUUCCGUACCGUUUUAAGGGAUGUUAGUUGAAAAAUUUUCUUGUUAAUUCUUAAUUCUUGAUGUGUACUUCGAGAAACUUUUAAAAGGUCCUGUGGGUUUUUUUUUUCUUCUUGCUGUUGCCCUGGUAGUGACGUGUUGAAUUUUAUCCCUUACAGGUAAAACUUUUGAAGUGGUGGAUGUGGCUUUUUAAAAUUUUUAGUUUCUUUGCAUCCAUCUCUUGUACUAAAUAAUUUGCUUAUCAUCUUGACAUGGUUGAUCACUUCUUUCUAUGAGAAUUUACCUCAAAGUAUGUACCGUGUAGUUCUAAAGAAAUAGUUUGUAUUAAGCAUGUGUUUUCAUUCAUAUAAACUGUUUAAAAAAUUUCAUUUGGCCUAGUUUCAUCCCUCUUACUGGUUUGUCUGUAAUGAAUGGUUACAAAUAAGGGUUAUGUUUUAUCCUCAAACUAAAAGCGUUUUUGUAUUUUCAGAGCAGGUUUAGAUGGUUUUUCUUUUUCCCCUCCAGCUGAACUGUUGUCCCUACGGAAAUCCUUCCCCCAACCUUUGUGGCACCAUCUAUUGGCAGAAUGGCAGUAUAUCUGCAAAAGAAUUCGUUUAAAAACUUGUUUAGGACAGUUGCGUCAGAUUUAGAAGUUUUGCCAUCAAAAAUCUGUGCAGACUUUGGUUAUACAUUUACUUGUAACUAAGGUGGGUUUUACAGGAAUGUAGUUAACAGUCAAUAUCACAAUUGCCCUUUCGACAUGAGAUUUGAAAAUGUAAACUGCUAUGCAUAGCUUGGGCAGUGGCCCCAUAUUGCUAUGACGACUAAUGAACCAGCUUCGUGUACUGGUAUCUUAGGUGCAAGUUGUAAAGCAAAAUAUUUGUGUUUUCUGCUUGGUUAACAAAUGUAUAUUUGUAGCCCUUUCAUGCAAUAGAAUUCAAGUUGUUGUUUAUAAAAAGCAAAACAAAACAGUGAUACAGGAGAAAAUUGCCUUCCUGGAUAGACGUAUAGAAUAGCAACGUUUAUGGAUAUCACAAAUAAAGAAUUCAAUUCUUUA